CCCCAUCUUCCGACUUUGUUGCGGAUCCCAGCGUCGUGGACCGACUACGAGUACUGUCGACCGACGUAGAACAAGCAUGAGCGAGUACAACAUGUCGUGGUGGGGGGAAUGGUGGACUGCGAACGCGCAGCCCAUUGUGGACGCGUAUGCAUCGAAGGACGUGGCGGAGAUGUGGCGUGUCGUGGAGCGAAUUCCAUGGACAUACCACAACUACAUCAAGACCAUCUACGAUCGCAGCCCCGAACACGUGAUCAUCGAGACAUUUCUGAUCGUUUUCAUCUUGUACAUAUCGUUCGUGAAGAAGAGCUCGUCGCGACCAAAGGGGGAAACGGGCGAGAAGCUCACGGAGAAGGAGAUCCAAGCGCUUUGCGACGAAUGGGCCCCGGAACCACUCGUGCCCGCCACGUUUGCGCCGACUGCGGACCGACCACCGUUCAUUGGCAUUGUCGAAACCACUCCGUCUAGCCAUAUCAAGCUCCAGGGAAUCCAAGAUCCCCUGCUUAACAUGGCGACCGUGGACUUUCUGGGGUUGGCGGCGCGGCCCGAGAUCAAAUCCGUGGCGCGUGCGGCGUUGACCAAAUAUGGCUGUGGAUCGUGCGGACCCCGCGGGUUCUACGGCACGAUCGACACGCACGAGAUCUUGGAAAAGGAUCUCGCGACGUUCAUCGGGACCACGGACUCGAUCACAUUCUCCGACUUGGAAGCGACGUGCUCGUCAGUGCUGCCCGCGUACGCCAAGCGCGGGGACUUGAUCGUCGUGGACGAGGGCGUGACGGAUGCGAUCCUCAUCGGCGUCAACCUCGCGCGCUGCACGACGCUUUUCUACAAGCACAACGACAUGGCCGAUCUGGAGCGCGUACUGCGGUCGGUGCGUGCCGCCGACAAGAAUGCGAACCGCGCGUCGGACGCCCAGCGGCGCUACAUCGUCACGGAAGGCCUGUUCCGCAACUCGGGGGCGCUUCUGCCGCUGCCCAAGGUCGUCGAGCUCUGCCGGACGCACUACUUCCGCUUGUUCCUCGACGAAACGUACAGCUUUGGGGUGCUCGGCGCCACCGGCAAAGGACUCACGGAGCACUUCAACAUGAGCGUGGACGACGUGGACAUCCUCUGCGGCGCAUUGAGCACGACGCUGGCCGGCGUCGGCGGGUUCAGCACUGGCUCCCAGCACGUCGUCGACUACCAGCGCAUCAACAGCGCCGGCUACGUAUUUUCAGCGUCCGCUCCGCCGUACACGUCCGCGGUUGCGUCCGAGUCCAUCCGCAUCCUCAAGCGCGAGCCGGGCUUGUUGAAGUUGCUGCGAGAGCGCGCUGUCCAAGCCCACGGCCUCUUGUCGGCUGUGCCAGGGCUGCAUGUACUCAGCGAUCCGAUCUCCCCCGUCGUGCAUGUUCGUGUAGCAGGAGAUGAAAGCAAGGAACGGACAGCGCAAGUGUGCCGCCGCGUCGUGCAAGAAGCCAAAGCCAGGGGACUCGCAGUCGUGUCGCCCUACUUGAAGCCCAACACGUUGACCGAAGUGCCACUCGCCACGGUGCGUUUCACCCUCAACGUGAACCACACGGCCAACCAUGUCGAGACUGCGUGCAAACUGCUCGUUGACGCCUUUCAAGCGGCCGUGGAUAACGUCAGUACAACCCAUCGCGACCUUCGAGAGGCCAACGUGAAGUCGUCGUAGAAGAGCCAACUUGAAGACGUAGAGAUGUCAACUAAUGUUAGUCUAUCUACUAGUUAGUGGAUCGAUCGAUGGAGCUAAAGAUUCACAGGCCAGACUCGCCUAUCAACGUCGAUUCGAAUGAGUUGCACACGUGUACGUGAGUAAUAAGGGCUUGAAAGUUACUGAA